UGGUCUUGAACUUUUGAUUUCGCUUGUCUUAUCCUACUGAUAAAACUUCAAGUUUUACAAGUCCUUAUUUUUAUUCUUGAAGAUUUGCCUAUGGAGUAAAUUGAGGUAAAAAAUUCGAGACCACUCAUAUAAUUAGGUGCAUGGUCUUUGUAUUAUCUACGUGUGUACUUUUGUGUUUUUAAGGUGAUCAAGUUUAUAGUGGAAUGUGAAAGUAUUCCAAGUGUGAAGUAUGUAAUAUGAUAUAUGAAAUGAA